AUGAGCGAAUCGCAAAGCCCGUCAGCAAGCAUACCUCCAGAAUCGGACGAUCUUGGCAUUAUUCAAGAAAGUGUUGUUCAGGACUCGUCCUCAGGAGUGGGAUUCUCCCAAGCUGGAUUUCUUUUCCGUCAUCUUGAUUCACUGGUGACGGCAAUCUCUCAAAAGUACGACAUUGAGAGACUUCAGGUUGGACUCGGCUUGCUUCUUCUAAUCCUGCUCGUCUUUUUCUGUUUGUGCAUAGCAGUUGUUUGGAGAUACUACUCACCUGUAAUCAUCAGCUACACUAUUAAAGAGCAAGAGGAACGAGCUCGUAAAACUAGUGAAAGAGAGAAACAAGAAAAGGAAAAGAAAAUGGACGCCUUCAAAAAUUUUCUCAAAAAGAAGAAGGUUGACAAGCAUUUCAAACACUCUGGUUCUGGUCAACGACUCGAUUCUGGUUCCAGUGCUAAACCAACAAUAAUCUCUGGAGCCGCACAGGGCGGCGGAAUAGAUCGCGUAGCCGCUGCCGAUGUUGCCGCACAAGCAGCUUUAAAACGUCUCUACAAAGCGGAGCCACAGAUAAGCAGCAGUCAAAAAAAGAUCCAAAUGAUUGUACGGCUUGUUUCCUUACUUUGUUUUCAUAAUUUUAAAACUGUUUCGGUGAUCAUGAACGAUGGGGCAUAA